GUCACCCAGCCAUGGGCAUAGAGGUGCAAAGGCACCACUUUCACUAUUGAGAGGGAAUCUGGCUAAUUUUACCAACACAACAGGGGAACACCACUCAGAAAUUUGGACUGACCUUUGGACUACAAUAUAAACCAGAAUAGAAGCUGUGUUGCUUGGACUGAAUUGAUCUGAUCUUAUAUUCUAGCACAGAAGGAAAUAUUACGGAUUACCCAAAUUAUUCACCUUUGCACAGAACAUUGACUCUCCAACAGCUUCAGUCUUUAGAGGAGCGUUCAUUUCAGGAACCCUUUCAAAGAAUUCACAGUGCAUCCAAGUUUGAACACACCUCUCAAUUUCUUCCUUUUUCUCAAGUCUCCAUAAUUAAACUCUUUUAUCAUGGUUGUGGGUAAGAUGAAGUUCACUUUUCAGAAAAGGGUCAAGUUGGCCCAGGGUUUAUGGCUGCUCUCAUGGAUGGCAACUCUGGGUGGAGCGGUUACCUUCACUUUAGGAUGCUUCCUAAAGACUGAGCUUCGAAGGAGGGAAGAGGUAAUGGAUAACACAGACAUCCACUGUGUGCCCAACACCUUGAUGAUUGUGGGUCUGUCUUCGAUGGUCAUCAAUUACUUUGCUGGUCGAAUUUGCCAGGACGCCCUAGAUGUAGGGCGUUUCCCACGAUGGAAGACCUACUUAAAGCCCUAUUUUGGAUGCUCGGUAUUCUUCACCACCCUAAUGCUGAUCUCAGUCAUCUUGAGUUACAUCAUGAAAGGCAGUCUAGAGACCUCCUUGAAGAUAGGGCUAAAAAAUGGCAUUCGCUUCUACAAGGACACUGACACCCCUGGCCGUUGCUUCCAGAAGCAGUCCAUGGACCACCUUCAGAUGGAGUUCCAGUGCUGUGGUAACAAUGACUACAAAGAUUGGUUUGAGGUGCAGUGGAUCAGCAACCGUUACCUGGAUUUCAGCACUAAGGAAGUUAAGGAUCGCAUUAAAAGCAACUUGGAUGGCCGUUACCUGGUUGAUGGUGUGCCCUUCAGUUGCUGCAACCCUAGUUCCCCCAGACCCUGUAUCCAAUACAAAAUCACCAACAACACUGCCCACUACAGCUAUGAGCACAAGACCGAAGAACUCAACAUCUUCACUCACGGUUGCAGAGAAGCCCUGGUCAACUAUUACAUGGGGCUGAUGAACACCAUUGGAGCUGUAGUACUGUCUGUCUUUCUGAUACAGUGCUCAGUCCUCACCAGUGUGCGCCUCCUCCAGACUUCUAUGGAGGCCAUUGCAGGACAGGAGAAUGUAGAGAUUGAAACAGAAGGAUAUUUGCUGGAAAAGGGAUUAAAGGAGACCUUCAUGGAGUAUGUGGAUCCUGUGCUGAAACUCCUGUUGCUGAACCAGGUAUUUCCUCCUGAGGGCAAAUCUGAAGUUGGGGCCGCUGGGACAACAACUACCACCAGCUAAAGAAUCAGAUUUUAUCAGACCAAUUAAGUUAUUUCAGAUGGAGGUUCUCAGUUCUGUUGACUAAUAUAUGAAUGUUUUUAAUAAAUAUAAGUCUGUUUUAAUUACCCAAUUGUACAUCAAAUGUUUUAUUUUAUUAAUACACUAAAAUAGUUAACCUUAAAAUGAACAAAUCCUGAUCAGCAGUAUUAACAUGUGAAAUUUCACCCAGUGUAAUGAGAAGUCUCCACUGUUAAUACUGUCAAUCCUGUUACACCGACUACUUGACUAGUCGAUUAUUUUUGCCACUAGUCAACGUAUUGGGUCAGUUCUGUGGCCAAGCAUUGUGACUGGAGUCUUCAUUUUAAUGUGAGCGGGCAUGAUUUCCUACAUAUAUUGCAAAAUUACAAUUCAUGUCUUCAGGAGUUCAACUUUUUUAAUGAAAAAAAAAAAUGACUUAGUGCACCUUUUAAACUGAAAUAUGUUUUUUGCAUUCAUUCAGCAUGGAAUUAAAAGGAUUUUAAAUGUUAAAAGAUGGUGUAGACCAGUGGUUCUCAACCAGGAGGCCUCAGCACACUUCCAAGGGGGCCUCAAGUUGACUUAAAAUAAUUUUAAAUAAGAAUUAUUAAAAUAAUCCUACUUAAUUAAAAUUAACAGACUCUUUCUGAAAUUUCUGGAAUAAAAAAAUUAUCCAUGAUUAAUGAUUUUAAUCAGACCCAUCUAGUUUUGGGCAAGGGGGACUUCCAAUAUUGUCUUGGACAGUGGGGGACCUUGGAGUCAAAAAGGUUGAGAACCACUGGUGUAGACAUGCUCAAUGCUCUGGAAAUGCUAUAAAACUCAAUACUGCACUCGUGGAACUCUACAGAAAACUACAAUUACCAGGUCUAAUAAAAUCUAAAGUAUUGAACUGCUUUAUUGUGUAUAGCCGUUUUGUGGAAAUAGACGUAUACUGUAUUCCCCUCUACGUUUGUGUCUUUUUAUUGCCUCUUUCUUUCAACCUUUCACAUGUACACACAAAUAUACAGGUACAUACAUUUGUGUACAUACAGGUGUACAUACAGGUACAUACAUUUAAAAAAAGCGUGUAACCUUAGUAGAUAUGCACACACAUUUACAUGUACACAGAUCAGAGACACGUUCAGGAUAAUGAAGGAUGAUGGAUGAUGGCAGCAUAUACAGUGAAAGCCUUGUCUGUCUGUGUCCUCUAUUGUGACACCUCUCAAACCUGCCCUAAUCUGUUAAUACGCAAACUGCUGCACUAGCAAUAACACACACUGCAUCAGAUUAAACUUAAUGGAGCAGAUUAACACAAGAGGGAAGGUGAAUAU